CCAACAGGCUCUUUGAAGUUCUUUAAAGCAAGUUAAUCUUCCAAUAUAAAAAAAAAAGAAAAAAAAAAGAAGAAGCUAAUCUUCCAAUGGAUGGCAUGGUAAAAAUGAUGACGAUAAUGAUGAUGGUGAUGAUGAUGAUGAUGAUGGUGGUGGUGGUGAUAAUGAUGAUGAUGAUGACGAUGAUGAUGAUAAUGAUGAUUUUGUGGCAGUACGUUGAUGCUGCAUUUGGCACAGGUGUUCUGAAAAUUACACCAGGCCAUGACCCAAAUGACUACGCAAUCGGGAUGAAGAGAAAUCUUCCAAUUAUAAAUAUCAUGGAGAAAGACGGGCGAAUGAACAAAAACGCAGGGCAAUAUGCGGGUCUGGAUCGUUUUGAUGCACGAACGAAGUUGUGGGAAGAUAUGGAAGAAGCAGGUCUGACAAUCCGGAAGGAACCAUACCAGAUGCGUGUGCCCAGAUCGCAACGUGGAGGAGAGGUUGUUGAGCCUUUGGUUAGCAAACAAUGGUUUCUGAAGAUGGAGCCCCUUGCAAAGCCAGCAAUAGAGGCAGUGCGGAAGGGGGACAUACGUAUCAUUCCAGACCGCUUUGAGAAGAUAUAUAAUGGAUGGCUGGAGAACAUAAAGGAUUGGUGCCUUAGCAGACAGCUGUGGUGGGGCCAUCGACUGCCUGUUUGGUAUGUAAAACAUGGUAACAGCAGUGGCCUGCAAGAGGGAGAAGGGGAGGACUAUGUUGUUGCACGGGAUGAGCUGCAAGCCUACUCCUUGGCCCGUGCCAAAUUUGGACCAUCUGUGCAUCUGGAACAGGACCCGGAUGUGCUUGACACCUGGUUCUCAAGCGGUCUGUGGCCAUUUAGUACACUUGGCUGGCCAGAUGAAUCAUCAGCGGAUUUAAACAAGUUUUACCCGACAACAGAUGUGAACCUCUCCAUGGAACGUUUGAAGUCGAACAAGGCCCUGACGAAUAAGCUGUGGAAUGCGGGCAAGUUCAUAUUGCAGAAUCUGGGAUCCUUCGAUUCGCAGGACUAUGCCUACCUCCGGUUUAGCGAUACCAACAAACUUAUGUCACUGCAGCUAGUUGAUCGAUGGGUGAUAAGCAAGCUGCAUCUUCUAGUCCACUCGACAACUACAGCGUACAAAAAGUUCGACUUUGGCGAGGCUGGGCGCGGGAUCUAUGAAUUCUUUUGGUCUGAUUUUGCUGACUGGUACAUCGAGGCCUCCAAGACCAGGCUAUAUCAGAAAGAAGAUCCAGAAGCUACACAAUGUGCACAGCAAGUACUUGUCUAUGUUUUUGACACUAUUUUGCGUAUGAUCCAUCCGUUCAUGCCAUUCGUCACUGAAGAACUGUGGCAGGUUAUGCCUCAUUCAGGGCAAUCCCUCAUGGUUAUGCCUCAUUCAGGGCAAUCCCUCAUGGUUGCAGACUGGCCAUCGAUCGGCCUACCGUCAGAUCAACAUUCCAUUCAGCAGUUUGAGGAUUUGCAGAAUUUGAUCAGGGCCAUCCGCAAUGCAAGAGCCGAAUACAGCCUGGAGCCGGGAAAACGAAUUGCCGCCAUGGUGGUGGUUGAUGACGAGCUGCGGCAUGCUGUUGAGGUUCGACCUUAUUAAUCGGAGGCUUCCCAAGCUGUGCACCUUGUCAUCAAAGAAGGGCUAGAGGCUUACCUACCGCUGGCAGCUAUGGUGGACGUCGCGAAAGAGAUGAAUAGGCUGUCCAAGCAAGCGGCAAAGCUGCAAGAUACAGUGGGAGAUUGUGAAAAAAAGCUCUCGUCACAAAAGUUCGUAGAGAAGGCUCCGGAGACUGUCGUGCAGGAUGUCAGAAACAAGGCAGCUGAGGCGGCAGAGAAACUCACAAUCAUCAACGAGCGGUUAAAGCAAUUGGCAGCGAUAGCACAGUAGAGUCCAGUUUGUCGCUGUCCGGCUUUUUUUUUUUUUUAACUCACUUUUAAGUUUUAACUAUACAGUAACUUUUUUGAAGUUUUUCACUUUUUACUCUCUCUUUUUUUUCUGCACUACUCUGUUUUUAACUUUUUAACUUUUUACUAACUUUUCGUUGUCCGGCUUUUUCUUUUAACUCACUUUUAACUAUACAAUAACUUUUUUCAUUUUGUUUUUUACUCUUUCUUUUUUUUCCCCACUACUGUGUUUUUAACUUUGAGGGGAAGAGUUAAAAGGAUGGCCUGAGCGAGGAGCCCACAGGGGUGGUUGUCAAUACAGCAGGCAAGCCCCUCUAAUGUGAGUAGCAGGGAGCAUAUGUAGAGGAUGAGAAAUGGGUGUGUGUAGGAGAGUGGGCAUGGGUAUACACAGCAGAAGCCUCGUCUGCAAAGCAGAUUCCGACUGCCCCAGUACAGCGAGGCAAAAGUUUUUUCAGCUGAAACAGGGGGGAGAGGGAGAGGGAGAGGGAGAAGGGGGGUGGGGGGGAAGUGAGUGGUACAACGUAGAAAUGGGUUAGCCAGUCGUGGGAAGGGUGUAAAAUGAGGGGAGCCGAAGCGUUGGAAUGGGGGAGAAGCACGUGAGCCGAAGAGUAGAAGACUGAUAGGAAAUUGCUCGAUAAGAUAAGAUUUCUGUCAUUUUGAAUUUUUGACAUUUCAAUGGAUUUUUAUUAUUUUUUAAUAUUUUCUCUGCUGCAUCUAAUCUUUCCCUCUCCAAGCAAAUGAAGGUGGCUUCUGAUC